AUGGCUGGCUCAGGGGUUACCGAGGACAGCAUAUCUCCAGCAGCUACUCCCGGGAGACCGCAACAACAAUUUGAGGUCCAGGAACCCACCACAAGCACCAUCGGCAAUGCGGCCAACCUGCAAGGCGACCCCAGCCAUGAUGAAAACGAGCCAGAUGACAUGGCAUACCCGACCGGCACAAAGCGCUGGCUCGCCGUGUCGUCGCUCUUUGCCGCGGCGGUCCUGCACGGGCUCGACCUGACCAUUGUUGCCGCCGCCAUCCCCAGCCUGACCAACGACUUCCACACCCUCGACGAUAUCGGCUGGUAUUCAUCGGCGUAUUCGCUCAUGGCCGCGAGCUUCUCGUUUGUCUGGAGCCGGCUGUACACCCGGACCUCGCACACCUCGGGCCCCAAAUGGACUUACCUGGCCGCGUUGUGCAUCUUCGAGCUCGGGUCCUUGCUGUGCACGGUCGCGCCGACGUCUUCCAUGCUGGGCAUUGUGAGCUCGCCGAUCGUCGGCGGUGCGCUGAUCGACUGGCUGCGAACGUGGAGGGGGUGUUUUGGAAUCAAUCUGCCUCUGGGAGCUGCGGCGAUUGUCUUCAUCGUCUUUGGGUUCAAGGGGGAUGUUGGACUUAUAUCCAGGACUGCCCACCACCUUCGCGAGUUUGACAUCCUCGGCACCUUCCUCAUGCUCCCUGCCAUCACGACAUUCCUCCUCGCCCUGCAGUGGGGAGGCAACCGCCACCCGUGGACCGACAGCCGCAUCAUCGCCCUGUUCGUCCUCUCGGCGGUGCUGCUCGGCGCAUUCGCCUGGCGGCAGCGCGUCCUGCUCGAAUCCCGCGCCACGCUUCCCCCGCGCAUAGUCAAGAUGCGCUCCGUCCUCGCGGGAGCGUGGUUCACGGCCUGCACAAACGCCACGCUCGCCGUGACGGAGUACUAUGUGACCAUCUAUUUUCAAGGGGUCAGGGGCCUGAGCGCCAUGCAGUCUGGGCUGAUGAUGCUGCCGAUGCUCAUCGGGAUCACGGUAGGCGGGCUGCUGUCUGGUGUUGGGAUCAGCCGGAUGGGCUAUUAUAAUCCAUUCAUGAUCGCAGCGACCCUCCUCGCCCCUGUAGCAGCCGGCCUGCUCACCACCACGGGCCUCGACGACCCGGACGCCAAAGUCCCGUCGCUUCUGGGCUUCCUCGGCGUCGCCGUCGGGCUCGGCAUCCAGACGCCCACCAUCGCGCUCCAGACCGUCAUGAAGCCCGCGGACCUGCCCAUGGGUAUCGCGCUGCUCGGCUUCGGCGCGACCAUGGGCAACGCCGUGUGGAUCGUCGUGUCGGCCGCGCUCUUCCAGGGACGGCUCGGAGUCGAGAUUGCCGCGCAUCUGGCGAGUGCCGCUGGUGGUGGUGGUGGUGGUGCCGGUGCUGCUGCGGGUGGCGAGGUGCUGGGCAAUCUCACGCACACGAUUCUCACGGGCGAGGUCGGGCUUUCUGAGAUCCGCGACCUGGUCGGCGGAGACCGGCUAAGGGAUGUGCUUCUCGGGUACGACGAGGCGCUGACACAGACCAUGUACCUGCCCCUUGCGCUCACGAUUGCCAUGGUUGUGGGCUGUGUGUUUACAGAGUGGCAGAGCGUCAAGAAGAAGCAGUCCUGAGCCCUGAGUGGGAGAUGUCAUGCCCACUAAGCAGGCGCACAACAGUCAACUGACGGCGCUGAGAUGGUCUUCCACCCUGAGCGUUUUCCCACUUUCUUUGUGCUGUCCAAGAGUUGCUCACAAGGUGAAGAAAAAGUGCGCACCCAGCCUUACAGCAAUGCAUACCGUCUUGUACAGCCAACCUUGAGCGAUAUCGUACAAUGCGGUCCUUAUAGCUUCUGAUAUGUAGAUGAUUCAAUCACGUCGA